AUGUCUCUAGCUACUUUUCUCCAUCAUAUACAACAAAGUAAUCUAUUUAAUUCAAUAGAUGAUUACCCACGGGCUAAAUCUGAAGCACUUGAAGCUAUUAAAGUGUUGAAUGUAAUAGCAAAAGAUUAUUCAGUACAUGCAAAUGCACCAUACUUGAAGUCGUUAUCCGAGUUUGCAUUGAAAAACUAUGAAAGAGUGCAGACAAAACAACUGGUGUCAGAAAAGCUUCUUUGGCUAUCGUCAAAGUCUGGAAAUAGCUUUUACUUCCCGUUGAUUGGUUUUAGUGAGAGAUUAACAUCUGCAUCUGACAUAUUUACUGCAGAUUCAUCCAAAUAUGUGGACUUGGACCCGUCUGUAAUGACUGUUCCAGCAGGCGUUGAUGUACACUUCAAUCCAGUUGCUACAACACAUUGGCAAGACGAUAAAACUCACUUGUUAAACCUAUAUCAAGAUCUCUUAACCAAUUGCUCAUUUGUAUCAUCAUAUAUUGCUUUGACAAAUGCCAACUUCUCCACUUACACACUUAUAUCUCCACACAAUGCAUCACCUGAAUACCGGAUUACACUAACGUUUAACGGAUCUAAAAGAAUUGUUGGAAUUGAUGACAGAUUGCCGCAUAUUAUUGAGUCAAGUAGGAAUUUGACUUUGAAAUCAUUUACUGAUUCUCAAUUGUAUUGGCCUGCAUUGAUCGAAAAAGCAUAUUUGAAAGUUAUGGGACAUGGGUACUGCUUUGAAGGUUCAAAUAUGGCAAAUGAUACGUAUUUACUAAGUGGUUGGAUUCCAGAAGUUAUAAAGUUGACAAGCAAUAGGCUGGUUGACAUGCUAGUUCGAUUAUGUGAAUUGAGACUGCGCAAUGAAGUGACUUUGGGUAUUGGAACUGAAAGCUUUAGUAGUCAGUUUAGCUCAUCAAUCAACUUGAUUGGUGAACAUGAUUACGUUAUUGAAGAUUUCGAUGGUCAAUGUAUCACUUUAAAAAACCCAUGGGUUACUGGUGACUUAUCUACACGACUUGUCAAGGUUUACAACUUGACUCAUUUCAAGUACUUGUAUGUGAAUUGGAAGCCCAAGUUUGGUGUAAAGGUAUAUAAGGAGAACUUUAUCUACACAGUAAAGGAUAACAUUAUUGAUCAAUCACAAUUUACAAUCGAAUGUGGAAAGGAGACAUGGCUACUACUUGAGAAGCAUUUGCCAGUGGAAGGCACUCAUUGGAUGAGGAUCAACGUCUACAAAUCUGCAAACAGGGUUGCAUCUCCAUUCGACCACGAGGAACACUACGUCUUCGAGACCAACAAUCGUCUCCAGUUGAUCAGGUUGCCUCCAGGUGCGUUUACAUUGGUUAUUUGGUCGAAUAAGCUGGGGCGUUAUUCAUUAAUGUCCUAUGGCACAUCUUUUUUCAAACUGAAAUAUCAAUUUCCUCAUAUACAAUCACUUGAUGGCGAGUGGACCAAUGAGACAGCUGGCGGAAACUGGACUGUGGCAUCGUAUGUAGACAAUCCUCAAUUUGAUCUCAUUGUGACUAAACCAACUACAAUAAAAUUGAUCCUCCAUGCAAAAGGACUUGUUAAUUUUGAUGUUUUCUUUGCCGACAAGUUGAAACCAGGACAACGUAUUCGAAGUUACAACAAGACAAAAUGUCUUACUGACGAUAAAUACUCACAAGAUUAUCAAUCGAAAUUACUAAAGAUUGAACCGGGGUCUUAUAAGAUUGUUGUCUCUAAUUUCAAUGGUUCUCCAACAUCAUUCAAACUAUUGUUGAAUUCAAUCGAACCAAUAUCUAUAGAUCGUAUUCCCUCAACAAUGUCGCUAUACACUUUGAAAAAGACGUUUAAUUGGAACCAACAGAAUAGAUACAAGUUGUAUUUCAAGACAAGUAUCCACAAUUCCUCAAUCAUUGUUAAAAUACGACAUACUGAUGAUGAAAUUGCGUUGUAUGGUCGACAAACUGAUUAUCGGCCGGCAAUGAGAGCUUCAAUAUUUAAUGCAGUGACCAAGGAACCAGUACAGAUAAAUGAAGAGUUUAGGGAUGACUGCUUGUAUGGGUUGUAUGUUGAGGAGAGAAUAAUGGACCCUGGGGAGUAUAUUUUGUUGAUUGAACGAUUUGAAAUCGGAAAGGGGAGAUGUGAUGUUGUCUUGGGAAGUGAUCAUAAAGUGGUUUUACUAUGA